AUGGUUAUGAAACUUAUUGCGGUGAAUUUUUUAAUUUGGUUUACAUUUAAUUGCCAUGGACAGACAAAAUCAAGAGAAACUCAUUUUCCGGGUUAUCAUUUUUGUGGACCGGGUACUGAUUUUUUGGAACGCAUUGCUCGUGGUCAGCUUGGCAUCAAUAAGCUAGACGAAGCGUGCCGGUCACAUGAUUCAGUUUACACAGACAGUACGGAUUUUCAAUUGAGAAUGGAAGCCGACAUGAAAUUGGAAACAGCAGCAUGGGAGCGAGUGAUAGCGAAGGAUAGCAGUUACAAGGAGAAAUUCGCUGCAUGGAUGGUGACAAACAUCAUGAAAGUGAAACGAAAGUGGAAUACUCGACGUCUGCAACGGGAGUUUGGUAAAAAACCUAGUGAAUUGUCUCCGGCAAACAAAAAACCUCGACGUUCAAUUGAUGACCACCAUAAAACUUGGUUUCGGUACCGGUUAUAA